GACUGGCGGGUUGCUUUUCCUGCGUGGGCUUUUUGAUUUUUAUGUAUUUUUAUUUUAUUCUACUUUUUUACUUUCUACUCUUUUUGUCUGGGUUUAUCUCUAUUUUAUUAAUAUACUAUAUUAUUUGUCGUCAUUCUUGUCAUUCUUCGUACUUCUACGGUCUUUUCUAUAUGAAUUUCAACCUGAUCCCACAUUGGGUCAAUUCGGAGGGGCAACACGAGCGGGAUGACGAUGACGAUGCUGGGACCAUUUCCGACGGUCCAUCUGCUAAAAUUAUUGUCUCUCGAUGCGAAUGUUUCUCAUAUAUUAAAAACCACUGGCCCUACGGAAUAGCCCGCGCUACAACGGCCCGUCAUCGCGUGUGUCUCUUUGCUGCACCACAGCCUUCCGGUAACAAGCUCCCGUGUUGGGCUCGCCGUUUUCUUUCCCUCCCCCCAUUGUCCAUCGCUUGGGGGCCUCUUUCUUUCUUUCUCUCUUUUUUUUUUCGUUGCGCUUACCCGCCCACAGGCUGUUGACUGUUGAGCUGGUUGUUCUUAGUAGAGGAUCAGACCUCUGGCUAGUUGAGAGUAUCCCGAGAUCGACAGUGGCAGUGUCUUCCUGGGUACCGGCUAUCCACAACGUGUCCGUCACAAUUGUUUUUUUCAUUACCUGUCUGCUCGUCUGAAUUUGGUUUCAUUCUACCUUUUUGUAUUUCUAUUAUUUCUUUAUUUCUUUUUCAUCUUCGAAAUGCCCAGGAAUUAAUGAAAAAUUAUUCUUGGUGAAUCCAUGGGCCACGAGGUCCCACUCAGGAAAAGGGCGGAACGGCUGAGCUUCCCAGAGGCUGGGACGGAAGAACGGUUGAGAGUAGUUGGAAGG